AAGUGAGUUGAUCCCAGUGCAGACAGAUGAGGUGGAAACACUGGGAACACAGUAACAGGUUGGAGUAGUCUUAAGUUUCUGCGAACUGAUUCGACUUUUGAGUUCUCUUUAUGAGUCUGGAGGCGAGGACAGCUGAGUUUGUGCAAGUUAAAUCAAUUGACAAAGGAACUGUGGUCGAAUGUUGUGCAAAAAGUGACUUUGGCAUACUUUUAAGAGUUUUUAGUCCAGUAACGUUGGAGCAUCCUCAAGCGGCCUGGUAAUCAUCACACGCGUUAGGUCUAAAAACGCAGAAUUUACAACUCACGUUUUGCAGCUUGUAUGUUUGAAGAGACUGCCCUCCAGCAUAAAACAGCCAAUUUUGAUCGAAUAUAGAUAUUACCACUAGUCUUCCUUGAAGCAUCACCACAGGGUUUAACUGCCAGAAGCUUGUAACCCUUCUCGGGUCCUUUGAGAUGUUUUCCAUGGCUGUUCUCCUCGCAGCGCUAGGCGUUUUUGCGCAUUUGGGCACUUUUACGCACGGGUGCCAGCUCCCCUCCGAGUGGCGACCGCUGAGUGAGGGCUGCCGGGCGGAGCUGGCGGAGAUCAUCGUCUACGCCCGGGUCCUCGCGAUCCACCGGGAGCCCCCGGGUGGCGGGGCGGGCAGCCUGUAUAACUCCCUGCCCUACGGGUUCGGGUAUGGGUACGAGGGCGCGGAGGAAGGGCUGCUGUACUCCGCGGAGGUGGAGAUGCUGUGCGACCAGGCCUGGGGCAGCAUGCUGGAGGUGCCCACAGGAUCAAGGCUCAACCUGACCGGACUGGGCUACCUGUCCUGCCAGUCCCACACCGUGAUGGAGAACUACUCCUACUUCUUCUUCCUCAGGAUGGAUGAGAACUACAACAUCCUCCCCCAUGGUGUCAACUUCCAGGACGCCAUCUUUCCAGACACGUCCGACAACAGGCGCAUGUUCUCCAGCCUCUUCCAGUUCUCCAAUUGCACCCAAGGGAGCCAGCCUUUCCACACCUUCAGCCCUGAGUGGGACACCCAGGAGGACAGCAGGCUGCUGUGUUCCUCGGUGCAGGCCGCGCUGUUCGAGGAGGAGGAGCGAGGCCGCAAGAUGCAGGAGCGCCUGGCCGCGGCCGAGCGAAGGAACCGGCAGCUGAAGGAGCGCGUUCGCAAGGCGAAGCGCUCCCUGAGGAACGCCCGCAAGGCCACGCGCAAGGCCGAGUAGGAGGCGCAGGAGCUGCAGGAGAGGCUGAAGGCUGCAGAGCGCAGAGUGGGGCAACACCUCAAUGCCAUAACACAGGAGGAACCCUCACCCGGGCGUUAUGCAAGCACGACGCUACGCAAGAGGAUGCAACUUUAACUAAUCCAACACCUGCCCCAAACUGGCAACCCACCGGGACUGAAAACUGGCCGCGGAGAGCGAGAGACUGCUGGCCGGUCUCUAUGUAAGGGACAAAGAAAUAGCAAAUUACAAAUUAUGACUAACCACACUAAUAAUCUACAUAGUUUUUUUGUUGUUAAUUCAAUGCUUCUUCUGUCUGUUGUUUCCCUGAUUGCCAUAACACAAGAGAAAUGUAAGACCUGAUCGUCUGACAAAAGAACAACAACUUUCCUGAAAGGGAAUCAAACAUUUGUUUUCCCGAUGAUUACUCUUGCAGGUGGAGCAGUGUUGUAGCUCUGCUGUCUUCUACAACUGGGUUCAGUUGGGGCUCUGUGCUCUUCCCAAGCCGUGAUCACGUAGGACGGGUUUUGCUCCGGCACAAAGAGAAGCCGCGAGCUACAACAGUAACAGCAACAGCAGGAGCUUAUUAUUGGAGUACUGGUUUUUCCAAAGUGAAGUAAAAGUAGUUUCAGUUUUGAAACAAAAGAAAGUCAUGGAUAGGUCUGUUAAGACUGCAGCAAGACAAUGAGAACUAAUAAUUUAAAGGGACACGCCAACUAUUUACUUGUCAAAGUCACUUUACGGUUUGGUAGGAUGGAAAACUACUCAGCCUGGGAAACAGGUGUAUAAUAUCUUUUGUGGCUCUGUCGAAGCUUUGUCAAUUCU